AUGUUUUCUGAAAGUUUUCGUUAUCCUAGCCUUCCAGAUGAAUAUUUAAAGGAAUAUUUGCUUCCUGAAAUUUAUCAAUGGUCGUUAUCCAACGGGUUAAUCAUGUAUCCUCCUGAUUUCAAACCAGAGAGUACUUCUAUUGCACCAACUACUGUAUUUCCUACAACAUUACCAAAGGAGAGUUUUAAUAAGGCGAUUGAUGUUCAAAAGGAUUAUAAUGAAUUAUAUGCCAAAAUUUCUCAAGACCAGCUAGGAUGGCUAACAUCUGAAGCUGCUGAAUUAGCUAAAUCUGAUCCUGACUUUACUGGGAAACUAUGGGAUACUUAUUUGAAGGCUUCUAAAAUUGGUAUUAAACAAAAGCUAAGAUUAGGUCUAUUCAGAUCUGAUUAUUUAAUUGAUAAAUCUGCUAACGAGAUAAAGCAAGUGGAAUUUAAUACAGUUUCUGUUUCAUUUGGUGGGUUGUCUACUAAAGUUGGUGAAUUACAUCAAUUUUUGAAUCAAUCUGGUAAAUAUGAUGUUGCCAAGGGCCUAGAAUAUUAUAAAUAUGUCCCAGUUUCUGAUUCAGAUGUUAAAUUGGCAGAGGGUUUAGCUAAGGCCGUGGACCGUUAUGACUCAAUUAGUGGUAAUGCUUGUGUAUUAUUUGUAGUUCAGAACGGUGAAAGAAAUGUAUUUGACCAAAGAAUACUAGAAUAUAAUUUGCUGAAAUUACAUGGCAUUAAAUCUAAAAGGAUGACAUUUGAUGAAAUUCCUGAAUUGACUAAAUUAGGUGAAGAUAAUAGAUUGUUAAUAAAAGCUACAAAUGAAGAAGUCGCAGUAGUGUAUUUUAGGUCUGGAUACGCUCCAACCGAUUUCAAAACCGAUAAAGAUUGGGAUACAAGAUUAUAUUUGGAAACAUCAUAUGCUAUCAAAGCACCAGAUUUGUUAACUCAACUCUCUGGAGCUAAAAAGAUUCAACAAUUGCUAACAGAAGAAAUAUAUUUGCGUAAGUUUGUAAAGGAAGACGAUAUUGUAAAGAAGCUUACUUCAACGUUCGUCAAUAUUUAUCCAUUAGACAAUACAUCACUUGGAAAUGAAGGUAAACGUCUAGCAUUUGAAUCUCCUGAAAAGUUUGUAUUGAAACCUCAAAGGGAAGGAGGUGGUAAUAACAUCUACAAGGAAGAUAUUCCUAAGUUCUUGAACUCAAUUGAUGAAGGUGAAUGGAAUGCGUAUGUGUUAAUGGAAUUAAUCAAACCAGAAGAGACUAUGCAUAACAUUAUUAUCCGUGGAGAUGAGUACUUUAAAGAAGCUAUAAUCAGUGAAUUAGGAAUAUUUGGAUAUAUAUUAUUUGAUGAUGACACAAUUUAUAAUAACGAGUAUGCAGGGUGGUUGUUAAGAUCUAAAUUCAAUUCCUCUAAUGAAGGUGGUGUUGCAGCAGGUUUUGGUUGUGUUGAUAGUGUUGUACUUUAUUAA